AUGGCCGAGAUCACUACCCUGGUCGCGCUGCAGUCUUUCCAUCGCGACCUCGUCGCAAUACGCGAAGGACGUCCGGAAAACACAGAGUCCUGGGACAAUUCACUUGUGCAGGAGCUUUUCAAGCGCGAGCUCUCCAGAUUAUGGCAGCGGCCUGCGAGAGACGAGAAGAGUCGCUCUCAGGUCAAGUCAGGCAAGAUCGUCAUUGAUGAGGAGGAAUACUCCGUCAACGAAGAAUUUCAGCAGAUAGCUCUGAAUCUGGCAGACGAAGCCGAAGUCAACGAGAUCGAAGCCGCUCGAUAUGUUCUCGAAGCCGAAGAAGACACCGCAACUCUGGGACGACCACUGCUCGAAUGCGCCAUCAUCAGGUUCCACCAACAACGGAAAUACGUUCUGGACAGUUUGCGGUUGAUGUUUGAGGUGGAUGAUCUCGACGACGAUGAGGCAGACCCCGAGGUGGUCAACGUGAUCCAGGCAUAUUUGGCGGACAACGUUCUCAAGGAUGUCAACCGGAAGAAGCUCUUGCCUAGGUGCAUGUCCGCCAUGCAAGAUGUACGCUCUUGGCUCGCAAGGAUCGCGGACAAAAUGACUGCGGCAGCAGUCUUGAUGAACGGGCAGAACAGGGAAAAGCCCGAGGGACUGGAAACGCUCGAGUUCUCCCGGGCGAGUCUUGUCCAGCAGCACGAACUUCUGGCUGUUGUUCUAUGCCGUGCCGUGGAAAAGAAGGAAGCGGAGACUGCUGACUUCCGUGGGUUCCUUGAUCAGCUCAAGAAGGCCGACAAAUACGAUGUCCUCACUGUGCACUUGUUUCCUGCUCUCGGUGCUUAUAUCACAACUUUUGGCUCAACAGAAGGUAUUGGGGACCUCACAGUCGCGCGGGAGCUUCAUAACGUUAUCUGCCGCCCCAAUGACGACAGUUCCUGGCCUCUGGUAAACUUGCAAGCAGCUGUCAAGGCUUGGUGGGUUGCCGAGUACAGCGGAUGGUACCUGGAUGACGGGCUCCUCGGUGGAUUGCAAGGCGUCGACCUUGAUGCAGAGGAUCGAGAACGAUCAAAGACGUUCUUCGAUGCUCUGAGGGACGGAGCUUUUGACUUCAUGCUCUCCAUUCUAGCGGAUGUCAACAGUGCAGAGCAGCAGGACCCGUCCAGAGCGGCGUUGCUCAAGUGGCUAGCCCGCAAGACACCAUCAUUGGUAUUCGAAACUGUACCAUUCUCCAGCUUCUUCAAGGCCUGCCUCACCGCUCAGUUAGAGGUGUUCGUUGAUGCUUUCAUUUCCAACCUCCCUGACGUUCUGCGAAAGCUUCGCAGUGAAGAGGACGAACAGCGGCAGCUCAGUCAAGCACACGAACAAGACACCGAUCUCGAACGCUUCCUGCUUAUUAUUGCCAUGUCAUACGAGGACCGAUCUGACGCAGCUACCAACUUCUGGCUCGACCCUGAUAGCAACUUGGCGGGCUUUAUGCAUUGGGCGUCGCGACGAGCUUCCACACCUUUGGUUACAGCCUUCUGCAACAUGCUGCAGGCAGUCUCCGGGAAUGACACCUGUGCUACUGCUGCCCACGACUUUUUGUUGGAUGAGGGACAUCAUGCAUCUGGAAAGAUGAGAAGGUCACAGUCCUUGACGUGGCAUCAAAUCUUCAGGGAACUCACAUUCUUCGCCAACAAGACUCGAGAUACGCCACCAACAUCUCAGGCCACGCUCUAUCGAUCUGGUAGGCCGACCACAGUGCAAGCUGAAGCAGAACCAGAGUCGGAAAUGAUGCUGCAGGCCUACCUAGGGCUGAUCACCAAGCUGACAUCAGAGAGUGAAACGGCCAGACAAUUUUUACUUAAGGAGCCCAACUACAACCUUGUCGAGGUCUGCUAUCAGCUCGCAAGCAGUCCUAUUCUUCCCCACAUCCGAGCCAGCGUCUUCACUGCUUUGCGUGGUCUCCUAACGCACAAGUCUCAAGAGGAAGGUCACAUCAUGUGGACUUGUCUCGAGAGCUGGAUGGGCGGCGGUUAUGUUGUUUUCCCUCCUGGGCAUCACCGACCUCCUCUUAACCCUCCCGAGGACGUUCAGCAAAAGAUCGGUGAUGAACUGGUCUCUACGCCAGAAGAGGGCAUCGCCUUUAUCCAAUUUUUGACGUCACUGGUGACGCCGUCAGAAGAAAGCAGUUCCCUGAACGACUCACUACCUUUUCCCGAGACGCUGGGCUCAGCAUUCCGCAUGCCCGGAAUCGAGAUAUACGUGGACCUGGUUCUCGCAACCUUGUCUUCACCCAAGAUUAUUGAUGCCAACGACGUCUAUCAGGCGCGACUGUUGAGGCUCAGCUGCCUCGAAUUCGCAUUUGUUUGCUUGGCAACAUUCAAUGAGGACCUCAUCAUACUGGCCAACCAGACGAACAUACAACUCGAUGCGGCGAUUGCCACUACCGAUCUUGCGACCUAUGUUCGACUACAUCCUUUUGCACGCGUGAUGGAGUGGAUGUUUAACGACAACACCGUCAACGCUCUUUUCAAGAUCAUUCACCAAGAUGCGACUGAGGUCGGGAAUGCUUCUCCAGAAUCACCCAUCAUCACAAGCAUAUUGCGCUCCGUUGAGGUUAUCUCGAAAGUGCUCGAUCUCCAGUCGACCUAUGUCGAACUUGUGCGACCAGUCAUCAAGUCCAAAUCAAGCCAUCGAAGGCAGACUGUGUCCAAUGCAGCGUUCGCGUCCUUUGAGGAUGGGCUGGCUAGCCAUCUUAACCUUGUCGUAGACCUCGGCAGCUACUGCGGCAUCGGCCACCCUGAUGUUACACUGGCUUGUUUGAAGCUACUUGAGAGAAUGUCGAGCGCCCCCAAAAUCACAUCGGCAUGGACACUUACAUCCGGACGGCAAACACAGAGAAACAGAGCCAUCAUUGCGAUGGAGGCCAACGGCGAUGAUGAGGCGAUAUCACGCUCACUGGCUUCCGAGCUAAAGACAUCGUUUGAUCUGGGCAGGGAGGCUGAGUCACCGAACUAUGUGACUAAGGUUUACAUUCUGGACUUCCUUUACAGUUGUCUGGCUGCGAUGCCGAACCAACCUACCAUCGCUCACCUAUUGCUUGGCUUCCAAUGCGGCGUCGAAACUCUGACCGUCGACGCGAAUGGCACCUUUUCGGAGCGGACUUCACUCUUCCACGCCGUUUUGAGACUGUUGCUGGAGACACCCUCUGGGGACAACCAGGGCAUGCGAUCCUGGCUCAUCACGCUGAAGUUCAAAUGCAUGCGAAUUUUGCGCAUUCUCUGGAACUCUUCCUUGUCAGCAUCCUUCGUCAUCGAUGAACUGCGAGAGAACGACGUCCUGUUCCACUUGCUUCUGCGGGAUGUUGUCAUACAACCCGCUCUGGCUUGGGAAGGCGAAGACAUUAACCAGCCUCACUUCCCGCUGACUGAUGGUGCUACUACCCUCGUCGAUUUCCUAGCCCUACGCAGCAUGACCCUGGAGUAUAUCGCCAUGGAGCUUUGCAGUAUUUCACAAAGUCGACUUCCGUCUGCGAAACGUCGUAUUUUUGAAGCCUUGAAUGGUAGACUUCAGGGUGACGAAAACGAAAUCAUCACAAUCCCAACGGUGUAUGACUUGUACGACUUCCUGCUGCCUGACGGCAUGUGGGACAACUCAGAGCCCGCCGUGCAAUUUUAUAAGGGCUUGGAUUUGAGCACAUGCUUUGAACAGGAUGCUGAUGACAACACCGUUGCCAACAUUGAGCGCAUCAAGGAUAUUCUGCAGCUCAAGCGGAGUGAGAGGCGCGGCGAGGGCGUCUUGCUCACAGCUCAGGACUUUGCCGUCAUUGAGCAGGAGGAAGCUUCAAUAGUCGAGCAUCUUGUGUCGUCCAAUCGGCAGAAGCAGAUCGCAUCCCAGAGCUUGAGGGUCCUAAAGACGUGGACAAGCCUACUUCUCGUCAUGGUAGAGUCCAACGAUUUCAAGGGCAGUGCUCGGACGUCGUUCCUGUUGCAAACCUUGCAAGCCAUUUUGCCCGGCCUGGAGCUAUAUGCAUGCGAUAGGCCGGCCGAGGCCGCGGAGCUGGCGAAGCUGGGAAAGGUUUUGCUUUUCAAGCUUGACCUUACUACGAAGGCUUCGACAGUCGACAAAGAAAGCCAGAACAUCGGCAGCCUGGUCAGCGACAAGCUCUACCAACUAUUCCAGAUUUCGCUGCAGGCCAUUGGCAAAUGGGCCGGCACCUCCGAUAUCCGGGCCAUCUACUAUAGUAUCUGCUAUCGAUACCUGACCGGAAUGGUGGAUGAAGGCAUGCUCGUGGCCGAGCGACCAAAGACGAUGCGCACAAUCCAAAUGUAUGGCGAGAGGCUAAUCAGCAUCAUCUGUGAUGAUGCCUACGGCAGCGAGCCGGACAGCCAGACAGCUGCCAUGAUCCUUCUGAAUGCGCUGGUCAACUUCAGCCGCGCAGAAGAUAGCCCCCACGUCAUUGAGACACUCAAUAGGCUCAACUUUAUCGGCAUCGUCAUUGAUUCGCUUCGCAAUGUUCACGAGGAAUGGACCCAUAUCAUCAAGACCGAGGACAAGGCGCAGGAAACUUACCUAUCGACCAAGUUAGCCCUGCUCCUGCAAUUGGCACAGACACGGAUCGGUGCCAAGUAUGUCUUGCACGCGAACCUGCUCAGAGCGCUCGAAUUGUCUGGACUCUUUGCUGCGGACCCUGAGCUGCAGAGCGACAGAGCCAAGCCCCGCGCACUGGAGAAGCACUAUGAGCUCCUUGCCAAGGCUACACACAUCAUCGGGGCAGCGAUUGUCUGUCGGGGAGCUAGCUACGUUGGUCAAGGGCAGAAGUUCUUGACAGACCAUCGCAUGCUUGUCACGCACACUUUGAAAAGGAGCGCUGGCAUUGGUGCUGCAGAGGGUGGCGACAGCCCUCUGGAGGCGUGGAUCGAGGAGUUGGCCGAAGGUUUCGUGGUGCUGAUUGCCGCGACUGGUUUCUUGGAGCAUGACAACCAGACAAUGCCCGAAACGCGGAGAGACACUGGACCUUCGCUGUUUCACUGA